CUUCUCAAGCUCCAGACGCUAUCUCACAUCUACCUCACCUAGUCCGCACGUCCAACCACCCCAACACACUCGCAAUGGCAGGUCUCCUAGGCGGCGGCGGCGGCGGCGGCGGCGGCGGCGAGAACCAGAACGGCCGUGGCGGAGGACUACUCGGCGGUGUCCUCAACACCGUCGGCGAGACAACAAAAGGCCUGCCCAUCGUCGGCGAAGUGACGGAUCCGCUGCUCAAAACCGUGGGUGGAAUCACGGAUGGACUGCCGAUUGUCGGAUCCGGCGGCCAGCAACAGGCACAGCCGCAGGCGAAGCAGAAGGUGGCACGGACUCCAGAGGAGCAGAAGGCGCUGGAGAAGAAGAAGAGGGCGCUGGCGCUGCGGAAGCGGCAGUUGGCGCUGGAGGCCGAGGAGGCGGCGUUGGAGGAUGAGUAGAUUUGGAUAGUUGGG